AUAGAACCGAACCAGAGUAAGAGACAAAGAAAGGGAUAGAAAUUGAGUGUCUCAGAGACAGAAUAAAAUUCAGAUUGUGUGUGCAGAGAGCCGAGGGGGCUGUGGGGCGAACUAGUCGAAGCAGAAGCAUUCUAAGCAGCAAUAAAGCAAGUAGCAUGUACUUGACAAGGACCCAAAGGGAAAGAGAGAGGGAGAGAAGCAGCUGUUGGAGGAGGAGAGUGAGACAAAGAAGGAACGAGGGGCUGUCCUUACUUGCUCCUCAGUGUGAGGAUUGUAUGUGGGAGGAGGCAGGGGGAGAGGGAGAGCAGGAGAAAGAAGGGGAACAAGAAAGGAAAAGAGCAAGCAGGGAAUAAGCAGUAUGCUUGGUGUGUAAAGAGAUAACUAUACAUCUGAAAGUGUCUGAGUUUAUUGCAGUGUUGCAGCAGUCUCUUCACCAGGCUCCUCUUAUUGCCGCCUGUGCUGCUCAACUUGGGCUAAGGGACUAUGCAGCAGGGGUGGACUCUUUCCUGGCUUGGUGCUGUCCUGCUGGGGCUGAUGGGGCCCCUGGUGUUGGGGUCAGACUUCCAGCAUCACCGAUAUGAGGAAAUGGUGCGAGCCCUCUUAGCCGUGCAGAGCGAAUGCCCCUACAUCACGCGCAUUUACAGCAUCGGGCGCAGCGUGGAGGGGCGCCACCUCUACGUGCUGGAGUUCAGUGAUAGCCCGGGCAUCCAUGAAGCAUUGGAGCCGGAGUUCAAGUACGUGGGCAACAUGCACGGCAACGAAGUGCUGGGCCGUGAGCUGCUCAUUAAGUUCUCCCAGUUUCUGUGCGAGGAGUACCGGGCUGGAAACCAGCGGAUCAUGAGGCUGAUCCAUGACACACGCAUCCACAUCCUGCCCUCCAUGAACCCUGAUGGCUACGAGGUGGCUGCCAAACAGGGUCCAGAGUUCAACGGAUACCUUGUGGGUCGAGGGAACGCCAGAGAAAUCGAUCUGAACCGGAACUUCCCAGACCUGAAUGCACUCAUGUAUUACUACGAGAAAACCAACGGACGAAACCACCACCUGCCCCUGCCGGACAACUGGGAGCAACAGGUUGAACCAGAGACUUUGGCCGUCAUAAAAUGGAUGCAAAACUACAAUUUUGUCCUGUCAGCCAACCUCCACGGAGGAGCUGUGGUGGCCAAUUACCCCUUUGACAAGUCGAGAGAUCCCCGUAUUCGAGUGAGACCUGCUUAUGCAGCCACCCCAGAUGACAAAAUCUUCAGACAGUUGGCGAGGACCUACUCAUACGCUCACAGCUGGAUGCACAAGGGCUGGAACUGUGGGGACUUCUUUGAAGAGGGGAUCACCAAUGGGGCAAGCUGGUACUCUCUGUCCAAAGGCAUGCAGGACUUCAACUACCUCUACACCAACUGUUUUGAGAUCACCCUGGAGCUGAGCUGUGAUAAGUUCCCUCCAGCAUCAGCGCUGCCUAGAGAAUGGCUGGGCAACCGAGAAGCACUGGUUUCAUACCUUGAACAGGUGCAUCAUGGGAUAAAAGGCAUGGUGUAUGAUGAAAACAACAACCCUAUCAGCAAUGCUGAGGUCUCGGUAGCUGGCAUCCACCAUGAUGUGACCUGCGGAGUUGAUGGCGACUAUUUCAGACUCCUGUUACCGGGCACCUACACUGUGACGGCAUCUGCCCCGGGUUACCUCACCUCCACCAGCACAGUCACAGUGGGACCAGCUGAGGCCAUACAGCUUCAUUUUUACUUGAAAACAGCACCAAAACAAAACCUGAAAGUGAAGCCCCACAACAGCAAGAAGAACCUCUCCUCUCCUAAGGCCCCCUUAAAGCUCGGCCCUAGAUGAGACAUGGACAAUGACUUAGACAUCACACCAACGUGCACACACAUACACUGAAAAUCCCACAUACUGUAAAACAUGCACAUACACACAUUCACACUGACACAAACACAUACAAAUUAUGGAAAUUGUAAAUGGCCAUAAUGUAUGUAUGUAAUUUUACCUUUGUAGUCCUAUGAUUAUGUAUUUCAAACCUCUGUGUUUUUGUUUGUGUUUUUUGUUGAUAAAUAUACACUGUGUGUCUGUAUUAAGGAAUUGUUGCAAACCUGGUGUAUUUAUGUAACAGUGUCAAUUUGUAUGAACACAGCUAUCCUGUAUUUGUAAAGGACUUUUUGGAUUUUGAUUUCUAUAAUUUGAUGAAAAUUUAAAGUGAAAAUAAAAGACUUUUU